UUUAUUUUAUUUUUUUGAGUGUGGGCUUAAUAUUCAAAUUAGAGUGCAUCUGAAAAGUUCAAUUUUUUACCUUAAUGGUCAUUGGCAAAACCCCCGCCUCAUUUAGACACCCACGUUCCUUAUCUGCAUCUUUUUUGUUUUUUUUUUGACAUUAGUCGAAACUCAGAUAAUAUCUUUUUGCAACGUCUGAAAUGCAAAGCAGAACGGAGGAAAUGAACCGUCUGUGGUCUUUUAUUAGCUCACUGUCGGUCAGUUUCUAUGGCACCUCAAAAAAAAAGGUGUUAAAAAGAGGUGUGGAGUGAGCUGGUGAUGUAUGCUCCACGCCACGCUAUAAAAAUCACACACUGUGAGGAGUUAGAGCAUACAUCACCAAGUUCGCUUGUCCUUUCUGCCUGACUUCAGAGUAAAUUCAUCUAUGGUAAGAAAUAACCAGGAUAAAAGAAAAAUAAUUACUCUCUUUUCUAAGCUAAUUUUAACUUUGGAAUGCUUCAACUAUCAAAAUAGCUAUUUGACUUUUGUUGGCAACAUUAUUAAAAAUACCUUUGUAAUUACAACUCAAUGACCUACCUAAAUCUUUGUUUAACAAAGACACAAAUAUUGGAAAUGUUUAAUUUAUGACCGUAGCUGUAAAAUCUAUAACUAGCAAAGAGGAAGGUGAAAUAAAAUUUUUCUCUCAAACUUCCCCUCUGACUCUCUCACUGUCAAACAAUCUAGAUGACCUUAUUGUCGUGGAUCACUGCCUUUCUGCUGAUCGGCGCCACAGCAGCUGAUCAACAGGCUAAACUCGACCACUUUCCAGAAAUCUUUGUUGUGGCAAAAGAAGGUGAUUCUGUCAGCCUUACCUGCCUUACAACCACGGCUGGAAAUGUGGCAUGGAAGCUCAACGACGAAGAGCUAGAGCUAAAGCUAGAAGAGUUCGAGGUAGAAGACCACAUGAGCCUUAAUCUAAUUGUGAAGAAAGUGGAUGCACCCAUGCUGGGGGAAUACAGCUGCUGGAGAGAUGGAACAAAAUUAUGGUCGACCUAUCUGCUGCAGGAGCCUGAGGAAGAAGAGGAUAUAGAUUCUUUGCUCACAUGUCGUGCAAAGUCCUAUGAUUGUAACUUCAGCUGCAGAUGGACUGAAGGCAGAUAUGGAGCUGUGCGCCUUGGAAUCGGCCCUGACUGCACUAAUGGACUGCCAACAUGUCACUGGGUGAGCAGCAGUGGCCAGCCCAACAGCGAGGGAUUCCAGUUUGAGCUGACCCACAACCUCUCACCUUUUGGUGAGGAAAGCACCAUGCUGGAGGUCACCGCUGAAGCCAUCGACAUCGACAUCAAUAACGACAACUUCCGCUUCCUCAAGAAAACCAAAAAGUUUUAUCUUAGAGAUAUUGUUGUACCUGACAGCCCCGAGAUUGUCAGCUUGGAGGUGGUUCAGUCGCAGCUGAAUGUCACCAUCGAGCCGCCGUCCAGCUGGUCGACUCCUCACAGCUUCUUCACUCUGGAGCACGAGAUUGAAUACAUCCUCAGAGACAAUGGACAGACCAUAAGCUCUUCAUCUUCUCUGAUACCGAAGAAGAUCAGCAAGCUGAGGGCCCGCUCCAGAGAUCCGCUGGUGUUCUCACCUUGGAGUCAGUGGACUCCGUGGAAAAAUUGGAAGAAUUCAUGCCAGUGUAGAAAGAAACAGACAUCUGAGCUGUCACCCAGGUGUUUGGAACGCUGCAAGAGGAAAAUGGACCAAAGAAGAACUAAGCAAAGUCAAAAUCUUCGGAAAUGAAGGCGUUUUUGACAGAAAUGUAUACAUUUGAAAUUAGAGGGAACGUGUUGGGACACAACACAGCACUGACAGAUAGAUUUAGGUUUUUAAUAAAAAAAUUAAAAAACCUCCAAAAAACAGUUUUUCAUUUGAUGCAUUUACAUGAGUGAAGAACUAAUUAAGUCAUCAAUCUGUGUUGGAGUUUUUUGGUUUCAGAAUACAAAAAUGCAUAGAGAGUGGCUGACAGACAGUUAGGAGGCCGAAGCAGAAAAACAAGGAAAGGAAUAAAACGUGGUGCCAGGUCAGUGACCAGUAGGCACACAGUGGGGAUUUUUUGUUUGACCGUCUGUGGUUUGCAUGAAGCUGGGAAACUCUAGUAUUGUACAAACAAACAAAAAAAAAAAAAAAUCACCCACAGGAUCGCAGUUGUGUUUUUUUUUUGUUGUUGUUUUUUUUACGUUGGCUCCCCCUACAGUUGUGGCACAAAACAAGUUUGCUGUAAAAUCAUUGCAUUAAAUCGUUUAACGUAUUGAAUGUGUCUGUUGAGUCAUCCAAUAAAUUAGAAAACAUUUGCUCCAACAUGGAUUGUUGGCCAGAAAAUAACAACCUUGAAACAUGUAUCAAACCUACAUUAGGUUUUCCUUUUAAAAGUUAUUUCUAUAGUUUUGAUAUUCUGAUGUUAACUGCUGUAAAUUGAAAUUGUUUCCAAUCAGCAGAAAUAAAAGCUUGAAACAUUAAUCCGUAUUUUCUUAAACUGCAUAUGAAACAGCUUAAGAAAUUGACCCUCUACAACUUUAAUAUUUCAAAACACUGCUAAGAUACAUUUUCCAGGACCCAUACUUUCUUAUUUAUUGCAGCUUUACAAAGGUUUUCCUUUAUUUUAUACAAUUCGCUGUGUAACAUUUAUUAUUUUUCAUUGAAAUUCUCCCCUUUCAGAUUUCCUUUCCUCCCUUUUUUUAGUGAUUUAUGAAAAAUAAAUCCAUAUUUGUUUAAGUCAAUU